GAUAAUAUUUCCACCUCUUUGGUGUGGCGCGUCCCUCAUUAACGAAACGCUUUUUUGUCCCCAAUCGCAUAACGUACUGUAGGGUGUAGCAACGUGCAAACUUCACAACAGAUAACAGACCUCGGCCACUGCGUGAUCAUCAUUAUCUGAAGUCAUAAUAAUACAUUUUCCGGACAGAAUUUUCACAACUACAGGCAUCUAUAAUGGUCCAGACCGACAUGGAUUCCGGGGAGGAUGGAGGUGGCGGCGGGGAGCCCGAGGUGAUCGCUAAAGCCAGUGUCUUGGGAGGUUUUACCGAGAGCACUGAGAUUCGAGCCCUGAUCUCCAGCCUACCAGUGGUUCACGAGAACAUCGUGACACUGGAGUCAGCCAUAGAGAGGUUCCUCGUGAUAAUGGACCGUUAUCAGGAGCAGCCCCAUCUUCUGGAUCCACAUCUGGAGUGGAUGUUGAACCUGCUGUUGGAGCUCAUCAGGAGUGAACAGUCUCCUCCUCUACUGGUACACCUGGGCUUCAAAUUCCUCUACAUCAUCUCCAAGGUGAGAGGGUAUAAGAUCUUCAUGCAGCUCUUCCCCCAUGAGGUGGCUGAUGUCCAGCCAGUCCUGGACCUCCUGUGUCGACAGGACCCCAGAGACCCAGAGACCUGGGAGACCCGCUACAUGCUGCUGCUGUGGCUGUCUAUGACCUGUCUGAUACCCUUUGACCUCUCUCGUCUUGAUGGUCACCUGACCUCUGACCCCAGCCAGACAAGAGAGCCAAUCAUGGACCGCAUCCUGGCGGUCGCCAAGUCCUACCUGAUGGUCACUGAUAAAUCCAGGGAUGCUGCAUCUGUGUUGGUAUCAAAGUUUGUGACACGUCCUGAUGUGAAGCUGAAGCGACUAGGAGACUUCCUGGACUGGAGUCUGACCACCAUCUCUCAGGCCAGUGACCAGACCAUGGGAGGUACUGUAAUCCUGGACGGAGCCCUGCAGUCUCUGGCCCAGCUAUUCAAGCAUGGCAAGAGAGAUGACUUUCUCCAGUACGCUCCGGUGGUACUGCAGUGUCUGGACCAGUGUCACGUGGCAGAGAGCAGCCAGGCUAUGCUGAGGAAGCUGGGGGUCAAGCUGGUACAGAGACUGGGUCUGACCUUCCUCAAGCCCCGACUAGCCAAGUGGAGGUACCAGAGAGGGAGUCGCUCCCUGGCAGCCAACCUGUCUCUGUCCCAGUCUGGCUCCACAGUCGAGGCUGUUAGUCCAGACAUGGAGACCCAGAGCCAGGAGGAGGACUAUGAUAUCCCAGAGGAGGUGGAGAACGUCAUCGAGCAACUGUUGGGUGGGCUGAAAGACAAGGAGACCAUCGUGCGCUGGUCUGCUGCUAAGGGUAUUGGGAGGGUGACAGGGCGACUCCCCAGGGAGCUGGCUGACGAGGUGGUUGGAUCUGUGUUGGACUGUUUCAGUUUCCAGGAGACGGACAACGCGUGGCAUGGAGGCUGCUUGGCCCUGGCAGAGCUGGGGAGAAGAGGCCUGCUGGUGCCCUCUCGUCUCCCGGACGUUGUGCCUCUGAUCCUGAAGGCCUUGGUCUAUGAUGAAAAGAGAGGAGCGUGUAGCGUUGGUUCUAACGUACGAGAUGCAGCCUGCUACGUCUGCUGGGCCUUUGCCAGGGCCUACGAACCCACCGAGCUGAAGCCCUUCGUCACGCAGAUCGCAUGUGCUCUGGUGAUCACUGCUGUGUUCGACCGAAACGUCAACUGUCGUAGAGCUGCAUCAGCUGCCUUCCAGGAGAAUGUGGGAAGACAGGGCACGUUCCCCUACGGUAUCGACAUCGUAGUAGCAGCUGACUACUUUGCUGUUGGGAACCUGAACAACUGUUACCUGUCCAUCAGUGUUUACAUCGCCAGUUUCCCCAGAAUACACAGGCCCAUGAUCGACCACUUGGUAGCCAAGAUCAACCACUGGGAUGGGGUGAUUCGACAGCUAGCGACAAAGGCUUUGCAUAAUCUGACGCCUCAAGCACCUGAUUAUAUGGCCACAACAGUUAUGCCUCAGCUGCUGCCCAUAGCGCUGGGCAUUGAUCUCCACAGUCGCCAUGGCGCCAUUCUGGCAUCUGCCGAGAUCAGCCACGCCCUCUACAAGCUGGCCAAUCAGAACAACAGACUGGUGACAGAGCUCAUCUCUUCAGACUGUGUGGAUGGACUCAAGAGCAUUCACCAGAGGCUGUUUGACAGAAAGCAGUACAGGGGUUUUGGUGGUGAGCUGAUGAGGCCUGCAGUCUGUUCUCUCAUUGAGAACAUGUCCCUCUCCAAGAUGCCGUUCAAGGACGACCCCGUCAUCACUGGCUGGCAGUGGCUGAUAGACGACACCUUGAAGAGCCUCCACCUCAUCUCACCUGGACCGAGGGACGGUAUCAAGGAGGCAGCGGUGUCAGCCCUGGCAGCUCUGUGUGAGCAGUACUACCAGCCCCAGCCAGGCGUGGCUGACCCCCAGAUGCAGGAGGUCCUGGUGUCCCAGUAUAUAGCAGGGUUAAAGAGUACAGAGGUAUUGACCCGAUGUGGCAGUGCACUGGCCCUGGGUUCUCUACCAAGGUUCAUGAUCCAUGGAAAACUACACCAGAUCCUGUCAGGUCUUCAGCAGAGCUGUAGUCAGAGGGAGGUGUGCUUCACAGAGGCCAGGAGAGAUGCUGCCAAGGCCAUGGCACAGGUGUGUGUGACAGCGGGGGUAUCAGCCCAGGGUGGUUCUGAUUCUGUGGUGUGUGAGGGGAAUGUGUCGGCUGUCUACAGAGCUCUGCUGGACUGUAUGACUGACUACACACUGGACAGCAGAGGAGACGUAGGAGCCUGGGUGAGAGAGGCAGCCAUGACCAGCCUGAUGGAGGUGACUCUGUGUGUGGUGGGCACCGCUCCACAACUACUCUCACCAUACCUGGUGAAUGGUAUGAUGUGUAGCUUGGCCCAGCAGUCAGCAGAGAAGAUCGACCGCUACAGAGCCCAUGCUGGAUCAGUGUUCGUCAGGCUCCUCCAUAGUAACAACCCUGCAGUACCUCACAUCCCCCACCGAGAGGAGCUGCUCGCCAUCUUCCCUACUGAAGGGGCAGAGGGUCUGAACUGGAACGCUCCGUCUCAGGCCUUCCCCCACAUCACCCAGCUGCUCAGACUGCCCCAAUACCAGUACCACACACUGCUGGGGUUGACCGUGUCUGUAGGAGGACUGACUGAGUCUACGGUGCGUUUCUCCUCCCAGUCUCUGUUUGACCACCUGAUGCUGAUUCAGCAGGAUGCAGCAGCGCUGGGACAGUUUAGUGAGGCACUGCUGCAUGUCUUCAGAGACAACCUGAGAAAUGACAGGGUGUCUAUCCCCUUCCUGAAGAUGCUGGACCAGAUGCUGGCUAGAGCCUGUUUUGACACCUUCACUACAGACCAGGAUCAUCAGUUCUGUGUGGACUUGUUGUCUCUCUGUAAAGAAGAGAUUAAGAAGUCCAAGGACACUCAGAAGCUCCGCUCUGCCAUCGCUGUGUUCUGUGGUCUGAUCCAGUUCCAGGGAGAGGUCCGUAAGAAGGUUCUGUUCCAGCUGCUGCUUCUCCUCUGUCACCCCUUCCCUGUGAUCAGGAAGACCACAGCCAGCCAGGUGUACGAGAUGCUGCUGACCUACGACGAUGUCAUCGACCCUGACGUGAUGGAUGAUGUCAUGACGUCGCUGAGUGACACCAACUGGGAGGAGGACGUCGCCACGGUGAGGACCCACAGAAACCAGCUCUGUGAUUGGCUAGGAGUACAGAAGCCCCAGCUCGUUGCCAAGGGUCCUGUCCAGUAGGCCCGGGGGAAACUAUUCUCAGCAGGAACUGAAGAACUGUAGCACAGGAUCCUUCAGGAUGGCAUUCUGUGUGACAUCACAAAGUACAGCUGCACUUCUAAAAGGUCACAGCCUUCAGUGAUGUUCCAAGACCCACACACUUUGUUACAGUACAUUCUAAUUGGUAUGCUAGUAUGGUCAUGAAAUGUAUGGUAGUCUGGGCUCGUCUGGGAUUCAUCUGUCUCUGUCUCUCUCUCUCUCUGUCUCUCUCUCUCUCUGUCUCUCUCUCUGUCUCUCUCUCUGUCUCUCUGUCUCUCUCUCUGACUGUCUGUCUCUC